CGCGCCGCCGCGACGACUUUGCGUACACAUUGCUCCGACUGUGCGUACGUGCGCACAUGUACGUAUACGUGGAUAUAGUGGUGCGGGGCAGAGCCAUCGUGCACGAAGGUGAACUGUUUUUAUUAUUUGCCGGCAAAAAACCGCAGCACCAGCAGCGCGGCGCGUCGUCUGCCGGUGUAUAUAUUUACUCGGGAGCGAGCUGCGUGCACGGGAGUGCGAGAGCGGAAGAGAUAUAGUACGCGGCACGGUGCAAGUAAGGAGAGCCUAACCUCAAAAGUUGGGCCGUUCGGCCACAGCGAGGCAGUGGUCGUCGAUCGCGGGUGUGUUUGGUGUUUGCUCGAGAGGAUAAAAAAAGAGGCGAAGGAUGAAAGGCAACGGCGAACACGAGAGUGGCAUGAGACUGAGGAGGACGAAAAGCGUCACCCGGGCCGAGGAGAUACAGAAGGCCGAGCAGAUGGCACGCCGGUCACAGCCGGAUAAACCGUGCCAUCGUCCAAGAGACAGCCUGUUCUCAUGGAGCUCGGGCUUCGACAACUUCACGGGAUUCGUCAACUGGGGUUUCCUGCUCCUCGGCAUUGGCGGCAUUCGUCUUUUAUUGGAGAACUUUAUAAAGUAUGGCAUCCGAGUGGACCCGAGGCAGUGGUUAUUCUUUCUCGUCGGCAAGAACGACGGCAACCAGGAGCACCCCUCGAUCCUACUGAUUUGCUAUUCCACUGUGCCGAUAAGCUUGUGCCUGCUGAUCGAGAAAGGCCUGGCGAUGGACCUGAUAGCUCACGGACCGGGCAUGGUAUUCCACGUAGUUAACCUGAUAGUGAUGGUGCUCAUGCCGAUGGUGGUAAUCCAUGUGAAGGAGUCGGGAUUCAGCUUGGUUGGAGCCAUGUACGUCUGCAUGCUCUACGCAAUACUCUUUCUCAAGUUGUGGUCGUACGUGCAGGUCAACACGUGGUGUCGCCUCAGCGCCAAGAGCAAAAACUGCUCGCUCGGUCGGAUGCGCAGGCAGUCUCUCAGUUACACCGAUUUGCAUGCCACGGAGGUGAAACAAAACGGUUGUGACUCCGAUGAAACGAGACACAAGAUAGACGACGACGUCGCCGGCAAAGCUCUCGUGCAAUAUCCGGACAACCUGAAUCUGUCCGACCUCUACUACUACAUCCUGGCGCCGACGCUCUGCUAUGAAUUAAACUUUCCUAGGACCACGAGAAUCCGAAAGAGGUUUUUAAUCAAGCGCAUACUCGAGGUGGUCGUCGGCUGCCAGGUGGUGAUGUCGCUGUUCCAGCAGUGGAUGAUUCCCUCGGUGAAGAACUCCCUCAUACCUUUCAGCAACAUGGACGUGGCCAAGGCAUCCGAGCGUCUGCUGAAACUGGCGAUACCGAAUCACCUGAUGUGGCUCUGCUUUUUCUAUCUGUCUUUCCACUCUUAUCUCAACCUCAUGGGCGAGAUGCUGCAUUUCGCCGAUAGAAAUUUCUACUGCGACUGGUGGAACGCAAAUAACAUCGACACUUUCUGGAGGACCUGGAAUAUGCCCGUCCAUCGCUGGGCCGUAAGACACCUGUACAUACCGGUGGUGGAGAUGGGCUACAGCAAAACGGUCGCGAGCGUGACGGUCUUCUUUAUCAGCGCCUUCUUCCACGAGUACCUUGUUAGCGUACCGCUGAAGACCUUCAAAAUCUGGGCGUUCAUGGGAAUGAUGGGCCAGAUUCCCUUAUCGGUGCUGAGCAAGCACGUGGAGAGAAACUGGGGCGCCAGGUGGGGCAACAUCGUCGUCUGGGCGAGUCUCAUCAUUGGCCAGCCACUCUGCAUCAUGAUGUACUACCACGACUACGUGGUCACCCACUAUGGCGAGACCCUCCUCGAGGAUUACUCGCACGUCUAAGAAGAUACACACCGACAGCGAAAUAACAAGCAGAGAAGCUGUCGCCGACGCUGUUGCUGCUGCUCUUUUCGCGCAAAAUCGAAUCACGCGCGAAGAAAGGAAUCGCUUUACUCGCGUCGUCUUCUCCGCGUUUGUUUGCUCGUGCGCCUUUUUCUUCUUCUCCCCGUCGCCGCUCGCCACGCCGCGAGAACAUUCGAUUUCAGACCUAAUAGCCCGCGAGUAAAUGAUUUUUCGUUGUGAAUCGCCCAAGUCUCCCGGGAUAAAUUGAUAGAGUGUCGCGUGCUCGUUCUCGCCUUUUGUAUUAUUUCCCGACUUCCUCCUCCCCCCCCCCCCCCUCUCUACUCCGUCUUUUUUUCGUGUCCCCUUAAUACAAAGCGCCGUUCAUUCACUGAUUGUACUUUUGUAUUACCUGUUCAAUGCUCAAUGACGCGAUUCAAAGAGAAGGCACGUCGCGCUUUCACGAGAUUUUUCUAUGACAUUUAUUACAAUUUGUAAGUGUUUCCUGCAAUCACUUGUGUACGUGAUAUUUAUUUACAGUACAUUGUUAUUCAUUUUGAUACUACAUUUUUAAUGCUUUGCACACGACAAGACGACGGGAAGAUUCGCUACUCGGAGGGAUAUAUAUAUAUAUAUAUAUAUAUUUUAAAAUAUCUAGAUGUUAUUAUUUAGAGAUUUAUAGAUUUCCUUUAUACUUCGAUAAGCAAAUGUUUUAUCACCGAAAUUGCCUUAUAUUUUUGUUCAACGAAACAUGUGAUCGCUAAUCGCGCGAUUUGUAAACGUAGAAAUGUACAUUCACGUAGAAAAAUUGUGCGUGGCAAAUUGUAAAAAAAGAGAUAAUAUGACAGCCAACAUUUGCCACUAGAAUUUAAGAAACUCGAGAGCAACGAGACGCGAUGAAGUUACCACAGCGUGUAUUUUAGCGGAAGAGAUUUAAUGCACUCCGUCUUUGUCUCUCUUUCUCUCUUUCUUAAUGCUUACGGCUGCCGGUGUUUGUGUACAAAAACAUAAACAUGUUUAUCGUAACUUAGACUUUAUAUCUAAGAGACAUUUGUUCCUCUUUUGUAAAUUUUUUACUGAACUUUGUAAAUAAACGAAACACGUGCAGGAAUGUUCGUAACGUCAACACAAAUGUACUCUUGAGGAAUAAAUAAAUGCGGUGCGAAUCGCGCCAGACGCGUACACAUUUGCAUCCGCAGGGAAAUUGCGAGGGAAACGAAGUUUGUCUCAUCCGUGUCUGGCGUAUCGAAGCUAACUGGGUG